GUUACUUCAGUGACAAUAGUUGUUGAGACGUAUGUUCAUGUCAUAAAAACAUGUACUUAAUUUUUAUUUUGGCGUUACCUGCUUUUACAGUGUCUCUUCCAGUUAGAAGCACCGCAAAAGAUUCUACGUGUGGAUAUAGCGCAUGCCAUGCUACUGAACCAGGAUACAUUAAUAUCCAUAUUAUACCUCAUUCCCAUGAUGAUCUUGGAUGGCUAAAAACAGUUGAUCAGUACUAUUAUGGACUCAAGCAGAAUGUGCAGCUAGCUAAAGUGAAGGAUAUAAUUGACACAGCACUGGAUGAACUUGAAAAGAAUUCUGACAGAAGAUUCAUUUAUGUUGAAACAGCUUUUCUUUGGAAGUGGUGGCUAGAAAAUGAUGAAGACAGGCGACAGUUAAUGAGGGACCUUAUUAAUUCAGGUCAGCUGGAAAUCAUUGGAGGUGCCUGGAGUAUGAAUGAUGAGGCAGCCACUAAUUACCAGUCUAUAAUUGAUCAGUUUACAUUUGCCCUCAGGAAGCUGAAUGAUUCCUUUGGUGCAUGUGGCCGUCCCCAUGUAGGUUGGCAGAUUGACCCAUUUGGACAUUCCAGAGAGAUGGCAUCCAUUUUUGCUCAGCUUGGGUAUGAUGGUGUCUUCUUUGCAAGAUCAGACUAUCAAGACCGUCAGAGACGAUAUCAGACGAAGGACACUGAGAUGAUAUGGCAAGGCAGUGCUAAUCUUGGAACAUCAUCCAGGCUGUUUGCAGCAACUUUUAACAACUCUUAUUUCCCACCAGAAGGAUUUUGUUUUGAUAGCAACUGUGGUGGAAUUCCAAUCAUUGAUGAUCCACAAAGUCCUUCGUACAAUGUGGAUGCUAAAGUAUCAGAAUUCAUUGCAUAUAUAGAGGAACAGGCAUCUUAUAUGAAGACUGAUCAUGUCCUUGUCACAAUGGGAGGAGACUUCCAUUAUCAGGAAGCUGCAUCUUGGUUUGUCAACCUCGACAAGUUAAUAAAGUAUGUGAAUGAACGGCAGACAGAAGGAAGUAAAUUUCAUGCAUUAUACUCAACACCAUCAUGCUACCUGAAAGCUGUGAAUGAUGCAAACAUGAAAUGGGAACUGAAGGAAGAUGAUUUCUUUCCUUAUGCUGGUGAUUCUCAUGAGUACUGGACAGGAUAUUUCACAUCAAGAGCAACUAGCAAAUAUUUUGAGAGACAAGGAAAUAAUUUUCUUCAGGUAUGCAAACAGCUGUAUGCAUUAGCAGAUGUUGAGGACACAUACAGUGAGGACUUAGAGAAAUUACAAGAUAUUAUGGGAAUUUAUCAACAUCAUGAUGCCAUUACAGGGACAGAAAAACAGAAUGUGUGUGAUGACUACAAUUUCAUGCUUUAUGAUGGAUUUCAGCAUUGUGGAAAAAUUGUCGAUAGGGCAUUGAAUAAGAUAUCUGCAGGUGGUGACUCCACACUUUCAUUCUCAUCAUGCCUCCUCAGCAACAUAAGCCAGUGUGAUAUAUCUGAGAGUUCAUCAAAUUUUGUAGUGACUGUGUAUAACCCUUUAAGCCAAGCGACAUCCUACUAUGUCCGUAUUCCUGUGCAGGAUGGGACAUACUCUGUGACAGAUGCAAAUGGUAAUGAGCAGAUAAUACAGUUGGUACCACUACCAGAUGCUAUUUACAAUGUUCCUGGAAGAGACAGUAAUGCAACACAAGAAAUUGUCUUUCAAGCCACUGAUGUUCCAGCAUUGGGCUAUUACUCGUACUAUGUGUCUAGUACAAAACAAGAGAGAAGUUAUUCAAACAUUAUAUCAGAAAAUGCAACAUACAUUGGAAAUAAUUACUUGCAGGUAAUUUUGCAUGAAACUCAAGGGACUGUGAAGUCUGUAAUAAUCAAUGGAACAGAGUUACCACUUAGCCAAAAUUUUUAUUACUAUGAAGGAUGGGCAGGAACUAAUGCAGGACCUGAUAAGAGAUCAUCUGGUGCUUACAUUUUCCGACCAGUAGGAUCUGAAGCAACCAUGGUGUCUGGAACUGCGACAGUCAAAAUAUACAAAGGUGAUGUUGUGGAAGAAGUGCACCAAACCUUUAGUGACUGGAUCAGUCAAGUUAUUAGGAUAUAUAAAACUGAAAAACACAUUGAAUUUGAAUGGCUGGUUGGACCCAUUCCCACUGAGGAUGGGGUAGGAAAAGAAAUGAUUUCCCGUUUUAAUACAAACCUGGCCAACAAUGAAACAUUUUACACUGAUUCGAAUGGCAGGGAAAUGAUACAGAGGCGAGUCAAUUACCGACCGACAUGGGAUUAUGUUGUAGAGGAACCUGUCUCAGGAAAUUAUUAUCCUAUAACAUCCAAAAUAGUAAUAAAGGAUGAGAAUAAAGGCCUAGAAAUGGCACUUCUGAAUGAUCGAGCACAGGGAGGUUCCAGCCUUCGAAAUGGUGAGGUUGAACUAAUGAUCCAUCGGAGACUGCUCUAUGAUGACGGAAUGGGAGUUGCAGAACCAUUACGAGAACAAGCAUUUGGCAUGGGUUUAGUUGUCAGAGGUAAGCACUGGCUGUUAAUGGGCAACAUAACAGGAGGUGAUGGAUGGAGUCUGGCAAGUCAAGAACAUAUGCUGGCACAGAAGAAACUCCUGUCCCCUUGGGUUCUGCUCAGUAAUGCUGACAAUAUUGGUUUCACAGAAUGGGCAAAUUCACAUGAAACUCAGUUUUCAGGUCUGAGACAAGAACUUCCACAAAAUAUAAAGAUAUUAACAUUGGAACCAUGGAAAGAUAACUCAUUGCUACUACGCUUGGAGCACAUACUGGAAAACGAAGAAGACACAAAUUUAUCUCAGCCUGCUACAGUCAAUUUGGAGGCUCUAUUCACACCAUUCAGUAUAUCAUCUAUUAGAGAGACAACACUGGGUGGAAACCAGUGGCUGGAGGACAACACACGGCUGAUAUGGCUUGAUGAGGAGGGUACUCCAUCAACCACCAGGCAGUCCAAGGAAGACAUACCUAACGUGACACUGGAGCCCAUGGAAAUACGCACAUUUGUAAUAGAAAUUGAUUAUCAGAAGGCACACCAUAAUGAACACUGAGUAAAUUUCUUUGGGAAGAUGAAAAUAAAGUUUGUUCUUAAUUAAACUGAUUAAUACUGAAAUCAUUCUCAUUUAAUCUGUGUUCAGCAGUACCACUCAGUCUCAAUAUGCACAUCAAGUAUCAACUGACUGUAGAAUUAUAAACAGAAAUAAGAAUGUUAUAUAUUGCCUGUAACAAUAUUUCACAAACAUUCCAUACAGAAAGAAUUGACAUAGUCAAUAAUACAAAUUUCAAGCAAAACAGUUAACAACAGAAGUACUGUAUGAGGUUUGUAAGUAUCAUUUUUAAAUAUGCCCACUAUAGCAUUCCAGUUAAAGACCUAUAUGUACAAGUUGAGUACCUGCAGCAUUUGAGUCUGACAGACACCAUAAAUGAAACAUUCAUCCACAUUUACAUUAGUUUGUGCUUAUUUAAUGUGCCCUACAUAUUUGAUUAUUUUAGGAAACUCAAAUUUAUUUAUUUGGCUCAUGGCACAAAUGAUAGUUUAUAAUGGCCACCAGUAAAGUACAUAAAUUUGUAAGUGUGGAAAAAGAAUAUAAAUGUAAGUUACAGACAGAUCACAAAUAUGCAAAGAAAAAUAUAUCCAUAAAUAUGAAUAAAGACAUAAAUAUACAUACAAAGACACA